AUGGCGCCCGAUAUGAAAUACGCCGCUUCGUGUUUUCUUCUCUUUUUUUUGCGACGAUGCGGCGCCUGCCGGCUGCCACCUCUGCGUCCUCCUCCUCCUCCUCCUCCUCCUCCUCCUCCUCCUCCUCCUCCUUCGUCCCCGCGCCAGCCGUCACCGACGACGCUGCUGCCAUUUCCAGCCAACCACGAACAUCAUAGGCGGUCCGGACCUGUACAUCGAUCGAGGCAGCACCAUCAACCUGACGUGCGUGGUGCUGUACAGUCCCGAGCCACCGGCCUACAUCUUUUGGAACCACAACGACGCGGUGAGUGA